AUGGCAGCGCCCAGUCACCGUCGUCGUACCAUCUCAGAGCUAGACAUGAGCUCCAUGCGCCGCAUCAGCGACGCGCUAUUGCUGGCUCAGAAUCGUGCACGUCGUGCCACAGACCGUGCCAAUCAAGCUGAACACUUGUUACGGCUCGUAUUAGCUCAAGUGGAUGUCAAUCGUCUCUGCGUUCAUUCACUCGCUGAUCAAGAAGUGCUUCAAGCGACCAUACCGUCUAAUUCGCUGCUAUUUAUGAACGAUGUACGAGGAAGAAGUGCUUCAGCCGGCAAUAUAAUGGAAAAUGACGAGCUCCCAGCGUCCAUGACAUCGUCGCGGUGGCUUCAAAACGCGGCCAAAGACGUGGUGACCCAUUUGAAGCAAGAUAUGACGCGUCAAAAGCGGUACAUGGCACUAUUAUCAAGGCGGACGACGCAUCCAGUCCACCCAUCGCUCUGGAGCUACAUGAACCCAAGUGUUGGUAUCCGUCAUGCUUUUUUCAUGGCUGGACUGUUACUUGGCGUUGUGGCUGGCGUUGUCGUGACAAAGCAGUGGCAUCUGCAGGAUCCACAUUGCAAAAGGUGUCAAGAAACACCGUCUCUUCUUAGAAAACUGGCAAAAUGGUGGAAGAAACGAGGUGGAGCAUCUACCGUGAUAGCGCCAUGGCGUCUGAUAUCAAUGCCCAUGGACGAGUUGAGCUACCUGAUUCAUCCUGCACCAGUUGACGUUGCGUAA